AUGGAUACCGGUUCCACCAGUUCCGUCUCCUACCAUGUGUCGUGCGCCUCUGAUGCGGACGAGUCGAAAUACCUUAAAAGGGUUCAAUACCUUCGUUGGGUUCGACUCACUCUCGGGAUGAUCAUCUUUGGCGUCGCUGUCUCUAUUAUAGGAUGUGAAGCAGUCCCCUUCCAACAUUAUCGAGCGACAUCAGCAUACGGCAAGGUCGGACUAUAUCUCUGGCCCUUGAACUUCGACAUCCGUCCGACCGUCGCAUUGCUGUCCUGCGGUUGCAUAAUUGCAUUUCUGAAUUUGACAUACACUGCUAUCGCUCUUCUCCCUUCUCCUCACGCACAUAUUAGACGCCAAAACCUCGUUUCCACGGCCAUCGCCGUCUCAGGAUUCCUCACUGCAUUAGUAGGGCUCAUAUUCGCCAUCCAUCUUCCGAACUCAAACCCUCCAAAUGGGUUCUCGAGAGUAGAAACCCUCCACUCAUGGACCUGCAAAUGGAAAACGGUGCACGGCCCACUGUCAUCGAAGGUUGAUGACACCGUUAGUCCGCCGCCUGCUCAUUUCGCGCGUGACUGUGCCCUCACUCGGGCUUCUUUUAUUCUGACAGGGCUGGCUGUCGGAUUGGCGAUUCUGAUGGGGGUUGCGGCUGGUGUUGGGUUUUGGUUCGAGAGAAGUGUCUCUCGGCAACGAGAACAGGAUACUUCUCCGUUGAAGAAGGUGACUAUCAUGGGGAAGUAUCCGGGUAUUUGA